AUGAGCUUCUCGUGCGUCGUACCCGUGUCGCCCGUGGCCGCGCUCAAGCGCGCCCGCAGCGCCGACGACGACCUGCGCCUCCUCAAGGUCAGCAAGCAGGCCAGCGACGCCUCCCCGCACUCGCCGCGCGCCGUGGCCGCGGCCGUGCUGGCCCAGCGCCAACAGCAGCAGCUCCACCAAAUGCAGAUGCAGCAGCACCAGCAGCAGCAGGAGGCCGUCUCGCCCUUCGUGCUGGCCUGCGGCAACAUCCGCUACGCCAUCACCUUCAUCCAGAACUCGCGCCGCCACGCGCUGGCGCUCUGCCUGCAGAACCAGUGGGAGCGCGCCCUCGCCGUGCUCGAGAAGAUUGAGCGCGCCAACGACAAAAUCUCGCGCCAGCGCCGCACCAAGGUGCGCGAGCAGGCCAACGCCAACCCGGACCGCGUCUUUGACGCGCAGGCCAUGCCCUCGCAGCCGCCGCAGGUGCCCUCCCCCGCCAAGGCCUGCAAGCCCAAGCGCCGCGUGCGCUUCAGCGACGAAGUGCAAGUCGCCGAGGUCGAGAUGAUCGACCGCUCCUGCGCCCCCAUGCCCAUGCUCAUGCGGGACGAGAUCCUGGUGCUGCGCGCGUCGCGCCCGAUCCCGCUGCGCAACUUCUCCGAGUUCUGGAGCUCCUCGUCGUAGACGUACCCCCUGUAUCCGUCGUCACCCGUCCGUGCACUGUAGUUUGUAGCAUCUAUCCCUAUUUAUUGCCAUUGCUAGAAACGAAAGCAAUACACUCUAUAUGCUGGCAUCUCAGCCAUCUCCACUC